GUUUUCUUAGAAGGUGUUCCUGUACGUGGAGACGCCUGUAUAUAAGAAUUGCAUUUUCUUAUUUGCUUCAUUGUUCUGCUUCUGCUUCUCGGAGCCCUUCAAAUUUGAAGUUCUGCCGAAAUGGGAGGGAAUUCCUCUAAACCUCAGGAACCUCCAAAAUCAGUACACCCUCCUCCAAUUAAGCCAUGGCGUGCUAUUGUAUUUAACAAUAGCAAUUACACAUCUCUACAAAAAGAAGCAGCAGAACAUAAACCACACCCUAAGGCUUCCACAACGAAUAUUCUUCUUGUGGGUCCUGUAGGUUCAGGAAAAUCCAGCUUUGUGAACUCAGUGCUCUCAGAAAUUGGGAAUGAUGAGUUCCAUAACAGAGUGCGAUAUGCUGCAAUGACAAGAGUAAAUGCCGGGGGCACGGUCACAAGACAUCUAAGAUGCCACAUCCACAAAAAUAUCAAAAUCUUUGACACAGCUGGGUGGGAUACUGAGAACCAUUUCAUAACCACCUUACGUUUUGAACAAAUCAUUGAUGGUGAAGUGCCAGCAGACACUAAGUUUUCUGAUAUCUCCACUAACAACACCACUGUAAAUGGAGCCAGAAUCCACUGUGUUGUGUUUGUUAUGUCAGCACAUAGCUUUGAUAGUGAGGAUUCAUCUCUAUUGAACGCACUUGAAGGUUUUAUUGGAGUGCUCACCAACAAAGAAUUACCAUACCUGCUCCUUAUAACAUCCAUUGACACGGAGACUGACGAUUUAGAAAAUGUAUACAAGAAAGCAGAUGUGAAAAUAAAGGUGGAAGCUAUAUCAAACAGGUUGAAAAUUUCCAUGUGCAAUGUCAUGGUGGUUUCAAAUUACUUCCAAGAGCUGAAAAUUGACUGCAUAAAAGGAACUCUAUUAUUGGAUGCAUUUGGUCAGAUGCUGAUGGCUGCAAAACACUUUCAAGAAAGGAUGUAGACCAUCACCUGUCAGCCCCAUCGAUCCUUCAAUACAUAAAGUACAUUUAAAAAUUAAAUGAGUUCAUUUGAAUAUGGAAGAUAUAAGAUGAUUCACAGAGGGACACAAUAUGAUAUUGAGUUUAACACUUGAACACGUGAAGAAUAGUCAUAGAUCACAAAUUAUAUUUUAUUUUGUAUUUGUUAAAUCACAUUUAUUUUAAACUUGCUAUUCAUAUGAUCCACACAGUUUAAUGCACUUGAGGAGUUUCUAUUGACUUCUUUAAUCUAUUUAAAGACCUUCAAUAUCCACACUUCAUCCAGAAUGUGCAUGAGGUACAGCAUGACCACGACUGAUCAUAGUGAAAUCACAGUUCAAUAUAGUCUGCAAUUUGACCAACGUGACAUUUAGCUAUAUAUGAUGCAAAAUCACUAGGAUCAUUUAAGACCCAACUUGACAAAGUUUUGAGAUCAACCAGCUACUGAUUCAUCCGAAUGGCCUUGUUUGUGUAUUUGUAUAUGUUCUUAUGUUCUAAUUGUAACUGAAGGGAGACUCUAUUCCUACAGUAUGUACUAUAUUAACACCAGUGAAACAAUGCACACUCAACACACUGGUAAGACACCAGUAAGAACACCUUUCAGCUGAGCUUACUUAACUUCCUUCUCCAAUGUCCAUUAUCUUUGGAUGGGUUUAGGAAUGCUGUUUGGAGGACAAGGUCAUGCAUUUAUAGAUCUGAGGCAGCUGAGCAUCUGCUAUAUUUUGUAUUUUAUUAAAACUCUAUGGUUUUAUGUAUUCAUAAUUUCAAUUAUUAGCUGAAUAGGUAAAUAUAGAAAUACAAAUAAUAGGUAUGAUAAUCUAAAAGAGAUUGUUAUGUAACUACUAUUUUCCUAAAUUUCUUGUAAUGAAAAUGCUGUAUUUCUUUCCAACAUUGUUGGCAAUUUAUAUUAUUGUGUAAAGAGACACUUCUCAAUAAACAAUCAAGCCUUUAAUCAA